AUGAAGAGCACGCCGCUUAUCAUCAAUUGGCACGACCAGAAUGCCCCCGUUUACUCGGCCCAUUUCGAGCCCCACGGCAAGGGCCGUCUGGCCACGGCCGGAGGAGACAACAACGUGAGACUCUGGAAGGUCGAGACGGAUGGCGAAGAUCGAAAGGUCGAUUACCUGUCGACCCUGACCAAGCACACGCAAGCAGUCAACGUCGUCCGUUGGGCCCCCAAAGGCGAGAUCCUCGCUUCUGCCGGCGACGAUGGCAAUGUCAUUAUCUGGGUCAUGUCCGAGCACACCGGCCCUGCCUUUGGCAACGAGGGCCUCGAGGACAAGGAGACUUGGCGCACGAAGCACAUGUGUCGAUCCAGCGGAUCUGAGAUCUACGACCUGGCCUGGUCCCCCGACAGCUCCUACUUCAUCAUCGGAAGCAUGGAUAACAUCGCCCGGAUCUACAAUGCCAGCUCUGGCACCCUAGUACGCCAAAUCGCCGAGCAUAGCCAUUACGUGCAGGGAGUCGCCUGGGACCCCCUGAACGAGUACAUUGCGACACAGUCGUCUGACCGAUCCGUCCAUAUUUACUCCCUCAAGACCAAGGACGGUCAGCACACUCUCAGCGGUAACCACGACGACAAGCCCUCUAAGAUCGCGAGCCACAACAAGAGUGACCUGCCCCCGCGCCGCAUCUCCUCGAGCAGUCCUGCACCUCCCGACUUCAGCAUGCGGACCCACCUCACCGUAGAGCAGGCCGUGGGGUCUCCGGUGCCGUCCGCUCCCGGUACUCCUACCUCCAUGGCCCUGCCGAUGAACCCCCCGAGUGUUAUCAGCCAUAGUAGGCGGUCCUCGUUCUCGUCGAGACGCUCGCCAUCCCCGGCUCCGUCAAUGCCCCUGCCCGCCGUCAUGCCCCUGGAACCUUCGCCGAAGCCUCACCCCUCGGGCGGUCUCGGUAUGAAGAACUCGACUCUGUACGCGAAUGAGACGCUGUCUUCCUUCUUUCGGCGUCUUACCUUCACGCCUGAUGGCAGUCUUCUUCUCACCCCGUCUGGUCAAUACCAAACCCAGCACAACUCGGAGGGUGGCGCGAAGCCAACCUUUGAGGUGACCAACACCGUCUACAUCUACACGAGAGGCGGUAUCAACAAGGCGCCCAUUGCGCACUUGCCUGGUCACAAGAAGCCUUCUGUGGUUGUCAAGUGCUCGCCAGUCUUUUACACCCUGCGAACGUCGCCCCCGGUGACCAAGCACAUAACCAUCGACACAUCUUCUUCCGAAGACCCUAUCCCAGCCCUUCCGGAGCCUGUCGCGAAGCCUACGGGGAGCACGUCUGUCAUGGACCCGCCUCCUCCUCCUACUUCAGUCCCCGAGUCGAGUCCGGCCUCGGCCAAGACAGAACCCAGCGUUUCUACCCCAGGUCCGAAGGCGGCCUUCGCCUUGCCUUACAGAAUGAUUUAUGCUGUUGCGACCCAAGACUCUGUCCUUCUUUACGACUCUCAGCAACAAACCCCCAUUUGCAUCGUCAGCAACCUCCACUGUGCUACGUUCACAGACCUAGCCUGGUCGAGCGACGGACUGACUCUCUUGGUAUCGUCGUCUGACGGGUUCUGCUCUACGCUGUCUUUCUCACCUGGCGAAUUAGGACAAGUCUACCAGGGAGACUUGCCCACCGCCAAGAGCCCUGCCGUGCCUGGGAGCAUGACGGCGACAUCGUCAUCAUCGAACCAGAACACUCCGAUUCCCACCCCAAGCUCGGCGUUCGCGCCCCCCUCCCCGUUUCACAACGGCGGAACGCACCAUCACCGAAAUUCAGCGAGCUCUUUUACUGCUCCAUCGCCACCGCCGGCUGGCUUCGUCAGUCAACGACCCCAUUCGCCUGCGCGAUCAAACUCUACUUCAUCCGUGGCCACGCAGUCGUCAAACGUAGUCACCAAUCCCUCCUUGAUUGUCGGUAGUGUGCCCGGCAUCGCGGUUGCCAAUUCUACAAAGGUCACGGGAGUUCCCAUUACCACGCCACCUGAAACGCCUAGGACCAACGUUGCCCCCAGCACGGCAGCGAGCGGGACCAAGCGUGACGCCAGUGAGGGCGAGAAGGAGGAGGGCAGCGAGCCCAAGAAGAGACGAAUUGCGCCGACGCUGGUGGAGCAGAAACCGUAG